GCCAGCACCUCCGGCCGCGCAGGGGGCGGGUCCAGACCGCGGCCCUACAGCGCCCUCGAAUUCGGCCCGGUACUCAGACCGCUGCAGGCGGGAGACCGGGGAGCUCAGCCUCACCCACAGCAGCCAGGCUGUGUGGGACGUAACACCGCUUGCUGCACCGCCACUUACCCCCACCCAGCCCUGGCCUGGCGGGCAGGGCCCGCUCCUCAGACGAGCGCAAGCGGGGUAUAGGAAAGUCUUGGCUCGGCAACACCCUUCGCGCCCCUGGCAGGUGUCCUCGGGUGGUAUUGCUAUCAGCAGCACUGCGAGAGGGGCCACAGACGGCCCUGGAGAGAUGGGUAGAUAAUCUGCACAGACAGCAACAGGGACAUGGAGGCGGGAUGAAGAAAGAGGAGGGUUACUGCAGUACAACGAGUGGGACUCUUCAGAAAGAUGAGAAGAGAUUCCAUCAGUCAUUUGGAUAAAAGCCAUGGCAUGCUCGUUUGAAAAAGACAGCAUUUACUUGCCUGAAUCUACUGUGUCUUCUCUCCUAGCAAGCUGCAGCCUUAACAGUAGUAACUCCUACUCAAACGGCUCAAUUCAAUACAAAGACAAGGUAUACAACUCUGCAUCUCAGGCUUUAGAGGCCUAUAUUGAAGAUUUUGAUCAAAGUCUUAUGUCUUCAGAAGUAAGCACUGGAAAAAUCUGCAUAGGUCAGAGUACUCCUAAAGAUAAGUCAGCAGAGUAUGGUUCUGUACAAAAAUACGCUUUGGAGGACUUUAACCAGCAAGUAAAACUCAACUCCAAUGCCUCACCUUUUAUAAGACAAACUGUUUGUGACCCAGACUUGAUUAGUCUCACCACAGAUGAUCUACUAGCAUUUCCAGCAGAUGGAUCACUGCCUUUUAUCCACAGGAUACCUUCUGGGUCAGGGCUUCAAAGCGGGAAGUGGAUUAGGAAGUCACUGAAAAAAUCUCCCUUCUAUGCUUAUCAAACUUCCUCAUUUGAUGUUGAAAAAGACUUUGGUUUCCAAGACAGUGGCAAUGCUGUGGAUAAUCGAAAUCACUACAGAGACAUUAACAAAGAGAAACACAAUGUGUAUAAAUCUCACAAAUAUAAUUCUAUAUUUUCUAAAGAAAAUGCAGGGGAUUGCCUUUUUCAACAACACUCUAAGUCCAUUUCUGUCAAGAAUUAUCCAAGGUGGCUUACUAGCCAUAAGUCUGACUUGAAUGUGUCGGGGAUAAGUAGUAUUCCUGAUUUCAAGUACCCAAUCUGGCUAAAGAGUCAUAACCUUUUAUGUGAUUCAGCUAAUCAAAGUUUUAUUCAGACAGUUAACAUACAAGAUGAAUUUUCCUCUUCAAAAAUUUGUGAGAAUCUGAAAAAAUGCCAUGUUGUGGAUAAAUUGGACUGCAGUUCUUUUGAACAAAAUAGUUAUCUGGAUCCAGCAGGUGACAGUAAAGUAUCAGGAAAUUGCCGAUAUGUCAGACCAAGUGCAGACUUCCAACCUGGCAAUGGUCUCUCAAGACAGUCCAGACAGCCAUUCAGAGAUGACCAGAUUGAGUUGCUUAUCUUGAAGGCAAAGAGAACUCUAGAGUCUUCUGUUGAGAAUUUAUCAAGUGCUCUGAAAAAUGAUGGCAGCCCUUGUACAGUAGAUAUACUGGAAGCAGAAAGAUCAUGGGAAAAUGUUCCAGUUGCUUUCAAAUCUCCAGUACCUGUACGCUGUGAGGAAGAUGAGAAUGCCCUACAAUCCCCCAAGGCUAACAUGGUUAAUGAAUUCCUUGAAGACUGUUUAAGUAAUGACAAUCAGGAAAAUACCUUUUCUGGCGGUAACCACCAUGGGCCAGUUGAAGCUUUAAAGCUAAUGUUGUUCAACCUACAAGCAGUUCAUGAAAGCUUUAACCAGAAUAAAACUGCUGAACAAAAUGAUGAAUUUAAAAAACUUUCAGAAGAAGCAGUUUCUGAAUUAAAGCUGUGUGACAAUGAUGUGAUCCCUAUUACCAAGUCUCUUCGAAGGGCUUUACACCAUUUGUCCCGGCUCAAAGGCCUAGUUGAAGAUACCAGUGGCAAACAAGAUCAGAAAGAUGAUCAUCAAGAAGAUGGAAAGGAAAAAGCAAUCUACAAAUAAGAAAUAUUUUGUUGGAAACUGAGCAGUCUAUAUAAUUAAAAUAUUAGUACCUGUAUAAUAACCAUUAACUUUCCUUUGAGAGCAGUUUCAUAGGUCAAAUAUAUUUUUAUUUUUUUAAAAUUUGAGAGAAGUGUGUAUUAUUUUAAAAGUACCAUGCAGGAUUUCUAUACUUUUUUAGCAUUGAGGUGAAAAUUCCAAAAUGUAUGAGUAAUAAAUAUAAAAUCUAGUAAAAUCUAAUAUUAUUUGGCAAGAUCCAUACUAUAAAGAAUAUUUUAUUUUAUUAAAAUAACUUGAGCAAUCAAGGAAAAGGCUCUGUGGUCUAUAAAUAAAAUAAUUCAGACACUCAAAAUGCUACACCACAUUCAGUGACCCGAUUACAUUCCCCACACUCUGCUACAAAAUUGAUAGAAAUAGGAAACUGAAGAGUGAGGUAUAAACUUAGGCAAAUAGGAAGGCUUUGCAACAAUAUUACAUAAAAGCUCUAGGAUCAUUGCUUUCUGAUAGAACUUUAUUUUGACAUGAUUAUAGUCAGGGGAGCAAAGCCUAGAGACUAUUGAAUUUGCUAAAUCUAGAAACCCUUCUCUGGCAUUUCUCAAAUACAAGUCAUGUAAUCCGCUUUCAACCACUAUUUCUAGUUACAGUAAGACAAUAUCAUGACAUAUAUAUGGGAUGAAACACCAAAGCUCCUCAAGAGGCCAAAUGAGUCUAGCUGUGUUCUAUUUCUUUGGAUAGAAGUGCCAUAAAAUAAUAUCACCUAACUUUGAAAAGUAGACCUUUUUAAGCAUGUAUUCGCAUAGCUGUGCAUUUUCCUUCAUGCACUUUGUCAGUUGAGAGAUUAAUAGCUAAAGGUCAGUUUACCUUUUUGUACUAAUACAGUUGUAUAAAAUCCCCUCAAACCAAGUUGUCAGUAAAGAAGUUUGAAAAGAACCAAAAGAAUGCAUUUAAAAGUUCCAAAAUGCUGCAUCAAUUCUUCAGGCUAGAGCAGUGUUCAAGGAAAAGUUAGGUUUCAGAGUAACAGCCGUGUUAGUCUGUAUUCGCAAAAAGAAAAGGAGUACUUGUGGCACCUUAGAGACUAACCAAUUUAUUUGAGCAUGAGCUUUCGUGAGCUACAGCUCACUUCAUCAGAUGAGGAAAAGUUAGUCACUUGAAGCCUGGUGCAAUUAUGUUUAAAAUUAAAAAUAAAACAAGAAAUGUUUCAAGUGCCAGGGUGCAGGAAUUCUGUAUUUUAUUUAUGCUGGUUGCAUACUUCCUAGAAAAUAGCUGAUUUGGUCUCUAAAGAUAUACGUUGGUAAAUAUAUAUAUAUAUUUAAUGAAUUAGAUAGGGGCUCAUUAUGUCUCUUCACCACUAUGUACAUGCUUGUGGCUAAGUGUUAACAAAUACUAUUUUACUUCUACAGCUCACAUGAAAACAUUGUUUGGUAUUUGUCAUUUGCAGUAUUUUGAUUAAAAAAUAUUGUCAGCAGUUAUGAUUCACUAUAUAUACACUUCAUUAAUAUCAAUGUGCAUACUUUUUGUCCAGGUUUUCUCAGUUAGUAUGUAAAUUCUAAACCAAAUGGGUAAAGAAAGAUGUCUGAUUAUUAGGUAAAGUGGAGUAUCUGUGAGUGGAAGUAAAGAAUAGGCCACUUAGCAUAUGGUAUAAAGCAUAGUUUUUACACUUUUAAUUGGCACACAAUACAUAUAAAUGUCUGUGGUUCCAACAAGUUCCUUCUGGUGCCAGCCUUCAUGGUUCUGCUUUUUAUACUAGUCCUGCGUAAUUGAAAUAGCUGGUUGGAAAGUGGGGGGACAGGCUGACUUAGUGUAUUGGUGGUAAAAGUACAAGAAGGCCCUGAUUCCUAAGUCCAGCCAAGCUCUGCUUGGCACAGGACCGAAGAAAGGGUAUGCCAUUCUUGUAGUUCCCUGAUCUAGGAAUCUCAGUGUUGCUGCAUCUUACAACCCAGCUCCUUAUGGCCCUAAUGGGCCCUUCCAUUAGAGAACAGAAGUAUAGAGAUACGCUAGCCCAGCUUUCUAGUUUGCUUGCUUUAUAGCCCUUUCAAACUGGUAGAGCAGCACAAAAGGAUAUGUACCAGGCUCAUGAAUUGGGCUCAAACCCUUUGACCUGCAUCUGCUUGCUUAUAUCUGUCCCAGGGUAGUAAUGCCGUCUGUCAAUGGUCAGUGCAAAAGUUGCUGUCAGUCAAGUUGUGUGUGAACUUGUGUCCACAUUAAAAAAAAUCACAUUUAUUACUGAGAAGACAAGAAUUGGAUGGGAAUGAAAUCUGAGCAAUCACCACACCCCUAUAUGGUCCCUCAAGGUCUGGGUUGAGGUAUAUUGACAAGACAUUGGUAGGAAGCCUUUACAGCAGCUCUAUAAGCUGUACCUGUUCUGUAACUAGUCCAGUCUCCUAGGAUGUCAAGCCAACGUUGUAUCAUUACUAAAUUCACUGUAAAUAAAACAC